AGAAACAGUGUCAUGAUAGCCGUGGAAUUAAAGUCGUGACAGCGGGUUUUUGCGCUGUUACCACCGCAGUUAGCAUGGUGGCUAGCACGCUAGCUCCGUUAUGACAGGGCGUUAUAACCGUAUGUGACCGUACACACAUGCCGGCGGUGCUCUAACCAGCCACCGUCAGCCGGACAACACCGUCGGUUUAACACACUUGUCACAUUAUGUUUAUGUUCAUAGCGACAUGUGUGGCAACUCGUACAUGUGUACAUCAUAGCAUAGCUUGCUAACUAGCUAGCCCCAGAUACUACUAUUCAAAUCAACAAGCGCCAAAAACAGCACCGACGACAGCAGACACUGACAUCAGGGCAGAGCCAGCAGCUGAAGCAUGCUCUUGGCCCAGAUAAAUCGGGACUCGCAGGGAAUGGCAGAGUUUCACGAUGCCGACGGGCAGCCGGUCACUCUCUGUCUGACGGAGGCUGUGACAGUGGCAGAUGGAGAUCAGAUGGAGGGCAUGGACACAGUGAGCCUGCAGGCUGUCACUCUAGCGGAUGGAUCCACUGCAUACAUCCAACAUGACUCCAAAGGUUCCUUUUCGGACGGACACAUCAUGGACGGCCAGGUGAUCCAGCUGGAGGACGGAUCUGCUGCCUACGUUCAGCAUGUGUCGAUGCCUAAAUCAGGAGUGGACAGUUUACAGCUUGAAGAUGGACAGGCAGUUCAGCUUGAAGAUGGAACAACAGCCUAUAUUCACACACCCAAAGAUACAUAUGACCAGAGCGGCCUGCAGGAGGUGCAGCUGGAGGAUGGCAGCACGGCCUACAUCCAGCACACAGUGCACAUGCCCCAGUCCAACACCAUCCUGGCCAUCCAGGCUGACGGUACCAUCGCAGACCUGCAGACUGAAGGCACUGCCAUCGACCCUGAGACCAUCAGCGUGCUUGAACAGUAUACCACCAAGGUGGAGAAUAUAGAAAACCCCUUAGGCCCCUUCAGCAGAGUGGAAGGAGACAAUGGCGUUCACAUGCGGAUUGUGUUACAGGGUCAAGACAACAGGCAAGCAAGGGUGACAAAUGUAGGAGAAAAAUCUUUCCGCUGUGAAUACGAGGGGUGUGGUAAACUCUACACCACUGCCCAUCAUCUCAAGGUACACGAACGCUCCCACACCGGAGACAAACCAUAUGUCUGCGACUAUCCAGGCUGUGGGAAGAAGUUUGCUACAGGGUAUGGACUGAAGAGUCACUCACGCACACACACAGGGGAGAAGCCAUAUAGAUGUCAGGAGAUGAACUGCUGCAAGUCCUUCAAAACCUCCGGUGACCUUCAGAAGCAUACACGGACUCAUACAGGAGAGAAGCCUUUUAAAUGCCCAGUCGAAGGCUGUGGCAGAUCGUUUACCACCUCCAACAUCCGUAAAGUUCACAUCCGAACACAUACCGGUGAGCGGCCAUACUACUGCUCUGAGCCAACUUGUGGAAGGUCCUUUGCUAGUGCCACCAACUACAAGAACCACAUGAGGAUUCACACCGGGGAGAAACCAUAUGUGUGCACAGUGCCUGGGUGUGAAAAGCGCUUCACAGAAUACUCCAGCCUUUACAAACAUCAUGUUGUUCAUACGCCCUGCAAACCUUACAACUGCAACCACUGUGGGAAAACCUACAAACAGAUCUCCACACUCGCCAUGCACAAACGCACAGCCCACAAUGACACCGAGCCCAUUGAGGAGGAACAGGAGACAUACUUUGAACCACCAACAGAUGCUAUUGAUGACCCUAACGUGAGUUACUCAGCUACAGUGGUUGAGGCAGAUGACUCUGGCUCAGAGCAGCUUACAGUGGAGAACUCAGAAAUGGUUGGUCAGCAGCACAUUGCCUUGGUAACGCAGGAGGACGGGACACAACAACAGGUCAGUAUCUCUGAAGCGGACUUACAAGCUAUGGGUGGCACAAUAACCAUGGUAACCCAAGAAGGCACAACCAUAACCAUCCCAGCCCACGAACUGGCAACACAAGGUUCUCACUCGGUUACCAUGGUAACAACAGACGGCUCCGAUGAACAGGUGGCCAUCAUGACACCCGACAUGGCCUCGUUCCAAACGGUGGAGGAGGCCGGCUACAGCCAAGAACAAGAUGGAAUUCAUCCCGUCACGUUACUAGCCACCUCCAACGGCACUCACAUUGCAGUGCAGCUCAGUGAUCAGCCUUCGCUGGAAGAAGCCAUCAGAAUAGCAUCAAGGAUACAACAAGGAGAGUCACCAGGCCUGGAUGAUUGAUGGACUCAUUAUGGACUAUGAUUUAGGAUCAAAACCAUCUCAUCAAGAGAAAUCAUGUCUUCCUCCAUGUUUUUUUGUUCCACAAAAGAACUUAGCUUUUAUGUGUACAUAGUAUUUUGAUAACUGGAGUUCAGCUAUGCUAUUUUGUUCCUCAGCCAAAAGAAAUGGGAGAGGAGAAAAAUGCUUUCUAAUGUUUAUGGUGCACAGUGUACAGUGCAGUGUACAGCGAAUGCUAUUUCUAAUAAAAAAAAGUGUGAUUAA